CUUUAUUUUCAGAAAAUGUCGGAUAUUAUUGUUAAACCCAUUGAUCAAAGUUACGCUCAAGUUCUUUCUGAUUUGGGUAGAAGAUUAUUUGCAGAUACAUUUUCAGCAGAAAAUGAUCCUGCUAAUAUCGAAGCGUUUUUAAACGAUGCCUAUACUUUAGAGCACCAGCAAAGAGAGUUAAAUGAUGCCAGCAUGCACUCAUUUAUGGCGUUUGACAAGGAUACUCCUAUUGGAUUUGCCCAAUUAAGAGAGAACAAGGAUGUCUAUGAUUUUGUUGGCGACAAGGAAGCUAUUGAAUUACAGCGUAUUUACGUCGAUAAAGCUUAUGCAGGUAAGGGCAUCGGUAAGGCUCUUUAUAAUGCCUGUCUUCAAAAAGCCAAUGAGCUUAACAAAAAGACCAUGUGGCUCGGUGUCUGGGAGUUUAACCCUGUUGCUAUCAAGUUUUAUGAACGCCAAGGAUUCUACAAGGUCGGCUCUCAUAUUUUUAAGGUGGGAGAGCAAGAGGACACUGAUCACGUUAUGGUCAAGAAGUUAUAAAUGUGUGGUGCAUAUAGAUUUUUACGCAAUAAAAAGUUAAAGCUUGGUUUAUUCAGCUGCAAAUAUUACA